AGGAGUGGACUCCAACCCGAAGCGGCGGCGCGGGCGCAGGCGGCCGGCGAGCGGCGGGCAGGGCCGGCGGCCGCGGCGCAGGACUGCCUUCCGCCGCCGUUUGCUUCCUCCCCCCCCCCUCGCCUUGUCCUCGCGCGCCUCCACGCUCAACUGCCCACCCUCAUCUCCGGUGCGGCGCUGGCCACGGCAGUACCGCCCACGCCGGCACAGCCCCCCGCAGGACGAAGCGCACACCGAAGCCUCACGUCCCUCGCCCAUCCCCACCGGCCGCCGGCUGUUGAGAGCCGCCCCACCCGCCCUUGCUCUUGCAUCCCCCCCCCCUCUCUCAUGUACAUUAUGCUCCAGUAGUCCUCAUUCAACCAUUCACCAACUGCAGCCAGGAGGCACACCCAGAAAAAAAAAAGAUAAAAAAAAACUUGGCUGCCCCACACGGAGGGGUACCAGAUGGAGGCAUUGGUGCGGAGGGUGCAACAGCGGGUGAGAAAGGCACAGGAGGAGAUGGAUCGAUGGGACGACCUCAAUUCCCGCCUCCUAUCUCAGUUUGCAAAUGCAACCGCCAUCAUUGCUCGUCUCCCGGUGCUGGAAGAGGUUAAGAAUUAUGGUGUCCUACGAUGUGUCCCUAGCAUCAGAGAGGAUCUUGUGGGGAAGCAAAUGGAGAGUUUGGAGAUCAUCUUCGUUUCAAUGAGGGAGACAGUGGAGGAAUUCAAUAGCAUUGCCAAAUCUUUACACAAGGCUUUGCGGGAUACUAAUCAGAUGGUGAAAGGUGGGCCGGCACUCACUGCAAAACAGAUGCAGUUACAACUGGGAAUUUUGCCAACUAUUGCGGACUGCUUGGAUGGGCUACGGACUUUAUGCGAAAUGCACCAGGCUGAGUAUGCACUAAAAUCAUCAGUCAUCUCCCUGCUGACAUGGGCGAGCAGUUCCAGUGACAUUACCGCCAUGCGUCAACUCUUAGUAGAUCAGCCAAACAUAGCAAAAAAUGAGGUGCAAUCUAUUUUUGACGUUAUAUUUGCAGAUGAAAUCUGUUGACUUAUGUUAGCAAUAUUACUAUUGGAAGACCUAACGGAUUGGAGUCAUUGACAUGUUGACAUCUUUAUGUUUUGGGGUACUUGCAUAUCCAGAAGUGGAAUGAAGCAUCCCAUGUUCUCAAGUUAGAUGAACUCAGAUGUUGAUGCACUAUAACAAGCAGGCAUUGCUGGGCACAAUAUGUAAACCUGCAAGUAGGCGCGCUCUGCCAUUCGAGGCUGGUCUCAUGCUAGAAUGACUAGGAUAUUGCUGUGCCAGGCUGCCAACGUGAGAGCAGGAAUACAAGCUUUGUAAAAUAUACUGUUCCUUCUUUUUUUUUUCAUAUCCAAUGUUACCUGUUCCAUCUUCUAUGCAACAGUCAAGUCCUUGAGAUUUGAUUUGAUCUGAAUUGUUUCUGUAUGGGAGGCUAUAAUUUUGUAAAAAAGAAAAGAAAAGAGGGGACGCUUGAUCCCUCCA